GCUUCCGCCGGAAGUGCCCUCGCGCUCCCUGAGGACGUCAUCGCGGCGCGCCGGGCGGCCGCGCGCUCCCGCCAUGUUCCGUGCGGGGGGGCCCCGCGUUGCCGCCGCCGCCGUCAGGGCUUGGGCUUGGGCCCGGGCCCGGGGACGGGCCGGGGCCGUGGGGGUCUCGUCCGCUCCCGCCGGGCCCCCCGCGGCCCCCGAGCUCCGUAGGGAGAAGCCGCUGCUGCCAGCGCUGCCACGGUCCCCCAUCCUGCGGGCCUGCAGCGUCCCCGUCCCCCCACACCGCUCCCCCGUGCAGGCCUGGGUGGAGUCGCUGCAGCACCACGAUGACGAAUGCCGAGGCCUGACCGACCUCCACCCCGAUGUCUUCGCCGUCAGGCCCAGGCUGGACAUCCUGCACAUGGUGGCGAUGUGGCAGAAGAAUUUCAAGAGGAUCAGCUAUGCCAAGGUGAAGACGCGGGCAGAGGUGCGGGGGGGCGGCAGGAAACCCUGGCGGCAGAAAGGAUCGGGCCGGGCCCGGCACGGCAGCAUCCGCUCGCCCCUGUGGCGCGGGGGGGGCAUCGCCCAUGGGCCACGGGGUCCCACCAGCUACUACUACAUGCUGCCCAUGAAGGUGCGGGUGCUGGGGCUGAAGGUGGCACUGACGGUGAAGCUGAUGCAGGAUGAUCUCCACAUCGUCGACAGCCUGGAGAUACCCACCGCCGACCCCCAGUAUCUGCUGGACCUGGCGCGGUACCGGCGUUGGGGCCGCUCCGUCCUCAUCGUUGACGUCAACAAGGUGCCGGAGAACAUCGGAACUGCGGCAGCCGGCCUGAAAACCAUCAACCUGAUCCCGGCAUUAGGUCUCAACGUGCACAGCAUGCUGAAGCACGAGACGCUGGUGCUCACGCUGGACACCGUCACCUUCCUGGAGAAGAAGUUGCUGUGGCAUGACACCCGUUAUUCAGCGCUCUACCCUUUCUCCAUGCCCUACAGCGACUUCCCCUGACCCCCCCCAGGCAGGAUCCACCCCCCCCCCGGCAGGAUCCAGCCCCCCCCCCCCCUUUGGAAAAAGUUUUUGGGGGUGCCACGUGCUGCAGUGGCCACUAAAGUGGUUUCUAAGA